CUGCAAACACUGCCCCAAGGAGUACACCAGCCUGGGGGCCCUGAAGAUGCACAUCCGCUCACACACGCUGCCCUGCGUGUGUCCCACCUGCGGGAAGGCCUUCUCCAGGCCGUGGCUGCUCAGAGGGCACAUUCGCACACACACAGGAGAGCGUCCCUUUGCGUGCCAGCUCUGCAACCGGGCCUUCGCCGACCGCUCCAACCUGCGCGCCCACCUGCAAACCCACUCGGAGGUGAAGAAGUACCAGUGCRGCUCCUGCUCGCGGACMUUCAGCCGCAUGUCCCUGCUGCACAAACACAGCGCCUCCGGCUGCUGUCCUGGCUCCUAGACUCGCAUUCCCUGGACUUGAUCCUGGCUCAACACACACACAGACAACAACAAGGACCAUCAGGCCGUGUAAAGAAAAAACUAAAAUGCAGCUCUGCUUUUUUUUUUAAUGAAAUGACUUUGUCUCAAGUGCCUUAAAUUCCCUGUAUAGUUUGUACAAAUUUGAGCUCCUGCUGGUAUCUGCUGCAUCCUGCCCACUGCAUCUGUGUGUGUGAUUUGGAGGGGGCCAGCUCAACGGGCGGUUUAAUUCCCAGGGAAAGUUCUGCUGGUGCCGGCCGGUCCGGGACUCUGGCCACGCUGCAGCUGCUCGGGGUGUGUUUUUUUUUUUUUUUUGUGUGUGUGUGUCUGUGCGUGGAUGUCAUUCCUCACUGCACUAUACAUGCAUACAUGAUGCGUGGGUGUUGAGACAGCUGUCUGUGCACCCUGGAGGCAGGGUGCUGAGAGAUGUAAUAGCUGCUACCUCCACAACAGGUGACAUACACACUAACCACAAACUCUCAUGUGCUCCAGAAAAAAAAAACACUAUCUUGACCAAUUUUUUUCUAAACUCAGUCUGAUGUGCAGUUUUUUAAAAAAUGUGUAAACUUUUGCCAUUUCGUAAAUAAAAGCUUUKUACAAAA